AUGACGGCCAACCGAUUUCAGAAAGUAAGUCAGUAUUUUCACGUUUCUGACAGAGAUAGUGAACCUGUGCGUGGAUCCAGGGACUAUGAUAGGCUGUAUAAGAUCCGACCAGUGUUAGAUCAUGUGUCUGAAAACUUUCUUGAGCGGUAUGAUGUGGGAAGUAACGUGUCAGUCAAUGAAGCAAUGAUUCGAUAUACAGGGAAGCUGUCAUUCUGUCAGUAUAUGCCGGCCAAGCCGAUAAAGAGAGGUAUUAAGGUUUGGAUGGCCUGUGAUUCGACGUCCGCAUAUCUCUUUAGGUUUGAGGUUUAUUUAGGGCGCACAGGCAAUCAGCCAGAACAUGGACUUGGACUCCGUGUUGUGACGACCCUAUCUGAUCAUCUACAGCAAAGUCACAGAUGUGUAUACUUUGAUAAUUUCUUUACUGGUGUGCAGCUUAUGGAGGACUUACUUGAUAACGGGUUGUAUGGUUGUGGGACAGUCCGCGUAAAUAGGAAGGGUUUCCCUGCAGAACUGAAGAAACCACAUGCAAUUCAGGAAAGGGGUGAUUUUGUUGUAAUGCAAAAAGGUGAUUUGACCGCCACAGCCUGGAGAGACAAAUAA